AGGCGGCUUGAGGACCAGAAGAGCGAGCGGGGCCCGCGGGCCGGGCCGGGGACGACCUGGGCCGCGGCCAUGGAGGACCAGAGGGAGGCUCUGCGGAAGAUCAUCACCACGCUGGCUGUGAAGAAUGAAGAGAUUCAAAGCUUCAUCUACUCCCUCAAGCAAAUGCUGCUGAACGUGGAGGCCAACUCCACCAAGGUACAGGAAGACCUGGAGGCGGAGUUCCAGUCCCUCUUCUCCCUCCUGGAGGAGCUGAAGGAGGGCAUGUUGAUGAAGAUCAAGCAGGACCGUGCCAGCCGCACCUACGAGCUGCAGAACCAGCUGGCUGCCUGCACGCGGGCCCUGGAGAGCUCAGAGGAGCUUCUGGAGACGGCCAACCAGACCCUGCAGGCCACGGACAGCGAGGACUUCCCUCAGGCUGCCAAGCAAAUCAAAGAUGGUGUGACGAUGGCGCCUGCCUUCCGGCUGUCAUUGAAAGCCAAGGUCAGCGACAACAUGAGUCACCUCAUGGUGGACUUUGCACAGGAGCGCAGGAUGCUACAGGCACUCAAGUUCCUACCUGUGCCCAGCGCCCCUGUGAUUGACCUGGCCGAGUCCCUGGUGGCAGACAACUGCGUGACCUUGGUGUGGCGCAUGCCGGACGAGGACAGCAAGAUCGACCACUACGUGCUGGAGUACAGGCGGACCAACUUCGAGGGCCCGCCCCGCCUCAAGGAGGAGCAGCCGUGGAUGGUCAUCGAGGGCAUCCGGCAGACGGAGUACACCCUGACCGGUCUCAAGUUUGACAUGAAAUACAUGAAUUUCCGUGUGAAGGCCUGUAAUAAGGCAGUUGCAGGCGAGUUCUCCGAGUCGGUGACCCUGGAGACACCAGCGUUCAUGUUCCGCCUGGACGCGUCCACAUCUCACCAGAACCUGCGGGUGGAUGAUCUCUCCGUGGAGUGGGACGCCAUGGGCGGGAAGGUGCAGGACAUCAAGGCCCGCGAGAAGGACGGCAAGGGGCGCACGGCGGCUGCGCUGAACCUUCUCCCUGUCACUCACAGAGGCGUGCCGUCUCCCAAGAGGAUGCCCUCCGGUCGUGGGGGCCGGGAUCGCUUCACGGCCGAGUCCUACACGGUGCUGGGGGACACGCUGAUCGACGGCGGGGAGCAUUACUGGGAGGUGCGCUUCGAGCCGGACAGCAAGGCGUUCGGCGUGGGGGUGGCGUACCGCAGCCUGGGCCGCUUCGAGCAGCUGGGCAAGACGGCCGCGUCCUGGUGCCUGCACGUCAACAACUGGUUACAGGCCAGCUUCACCGCCAAGCACGCCAACAAGGCCAAGGUGCUGGACGCCCCCGUGCCCGACUGCCUGGGCGUGCACUGUGACUUCCACCAAGGCCUCCUGUCCUUCUACAACGCCCGGACCAAACAGCUGCUGCACACUUUCAAGGCCAGGUUCACACAGCCACUGCUGCCCGCUUUCACGGUGUGGUGCGGUAGUUUCCAGGUUACAACGGGCCUGCAGGUCCCCAGCUCCGUGCGCUGCCUGCAGAAGCGGGGCAGUGCCACCAGCAGCUCUAACACCAGCCUCACCUAGGCCCCUGGACCGCCCACCCCGCCCGGCUGAUCCAGAGGGGGGCCCUCCCAGGCCUCGGUUGUUUCAGCCAGCACCCUCUCCUCUCUUGCUGCUUGGAGCCUUAACUCCUGCGGGGGUCACCACUGGGGAGCGGCGGGCCCCGGGGCGGGCCCUCCUCCCCACCUCGCGUCCUAAUAAAGGUCAAUCACUGGCCAGGCCGUGCUGAUGGUUCUUUGGGGCUGGGUGGCACUGAGUGUGCCCCAAACCUUUCCGGACCUCGGCUUUCCUGGCUGUAAAGUGGGCUUCUCUUGUAGGGCCGGGUGGCAGGUUUUGCUAAGAGGGCA